GAUUUAACAAUUGUUGAAAAUAUUUAUCUCUUAUGUAUUUGAACCCACCACGACCAGGUGUGUUCCGGCGACUUUGACUCACCGGAGAUCAUGAACACGGCUGAUGAUCUUGCCAUAUCCAAACUCUCUCUUCACCCUGAUUCUUCCUCCGAAGCUACCUCUUCAGAACUUGAUCAAUUCAUGGAAGCGUAUUGCUCGACUCUACGAGAGCUCAAGGAAGCAAUGGAGAAGCCACUAAUCGAAACGCACCGCUUUGUGGAUGCCGUGUACACUCAGCUAAACGACAUCGUUAUGUCAUCAUCCCCUUAAAAAAGGGUAACAUGAACAACUGUUCGGUGCUACUAUGUCAAUGCAUUUUGCCAAAAUUACUUUACUACUCACGUUUCAUUGAGCUGCGUUUACGUAACGCGUUUGUAUAAGCGUUUAAUGGUAACCGUAAUUUAUGGCAUGCCCUCCUGCUUUUUAUUUAAGAAAAAGAAAACUACUUA